GGCAACCUGGGCAGGAUGCUGCUUAUGCUGCAGCUGUUUGGACUUCAUGUCUCGUUCAGGGCCCACUGAGGAAGACAAUGCUGCAUGUCUUGUGAGGAACUUCAGCACAGGACCCUGAGGAACCCACAGCUUCCAGCUUCCACUUACCAGUCCUCAUUUCUUCUACAACCGCCUUCAUUUUCUCGUCUGAGGGAUUAAUAUCAAGGCAGGCAAAACAAUGAACGGCCAGCUCGUCCCGUUCUUUCUCUUGGUAGUAUUGCUGUCUGCGGUGGACAGCAAAGGAACCUUCUAUGGAGGCUAUGUCAAGCCUUUUUAUGGACACAGAUACAACAUGUACAAAGCUGGAACCAUCCCUCAGUAUACCCCAAACAAGCCCAUGACGCGCCAAAAAAACCACUGUGCCUACGUGGUUCAGAGGAACAUCACAUGCACAAUGCAGGAUGGAGUAGGAACAUCCGUGAAGGCCGAGUACACAACUAAAUGCAUCUGGGGCCAGAAAUGUCCUCUUGUGAUGUACAGGACAUUCUACAAACCAACAUACAAAGUGGGUUAUAAAGCAGUGACUGAGCUGGAAUGGAGAUGCUGCCCCGGAUACUCGGGCGAGAACUGCAAUGAUGGGCCCACCUCACUGCCUGACAUGGGAGCCGCUUUGCCACAUCGCCCUGGGAUAAAAGGUGUCCCCCUUGGCACAAGAAUCCCUAUUGACCAGACACCUGGAGGAGCAGAGCUGGAGCCUGGCAAACCUUACCCCAGUCUGCCGGAGCACAGACCACUACCUAGUGGACAGCUUCUCAUGGGAAAACCAAAUAAUGGGAACAAAUUUGGGAUUUCCGGAGUGACUGGUGAACGUUUGGAUCGGAUGGAGGACAGCCUAAGACACCUCACUCAGGGUCUUCAUACUCUCAAUGGGGUUGUGGCGGGCCUAGAGGAGCGACUGCGUACAUCUCUUCGGGAAGACACCAACAAGAUCCUGGUGGCGCUUCUGCCCAGCAUGCCACGUGGGCCUGACUCAGCUGUGGGACAUGGGGUUAUCCCAGAUGGGCAUCCUGGUGUACUGGAGGGGGAAGACAGAUUCAAUGGAUUUGGGGACCUUGCAGGAAGGGUGACACAAGUGAAAGAUGAGCUUCAAGCCAAAACUUAUAUAUUAGAGGAGAUUCAGGGAAUGGUUCUGGGCCAUGACGGACAAAUAAAGAGACUACUAGAAGGAGCAAGAGGAAGGCCUGUCCCUGUCCCUGGCUCAGCUCAACUGGAAGACCUCCUUGAUGUCAGGCUGGCCGGCAUUCGGGCUGAGCUCUUGGAUGGAUUUGAGCGCCGGCUAACUCGUCUGGAAAGCCACUGUGAAGAGAAGAUCAGUGUCGUGCAGAAACAAUGCCACAGGGAGCAGAUAGAUGGCCAAGAACAGAUGCAACAGUCCCUUGAUGGAAGGGAGACUGGGUUGAGGGCAGAGCUGGGUUCUCUGCAAGCGCAGAUCCAAGGCCUAACACUCACAGAGAGCUGCUGUGGACAGGUAAACGGUCUCUCCCAGCGUGUUCUGCUCCUAGAGGAGUCAGUAGAAGGUCUCACAGAAUUCCAGAGGCAGCUCCAAUCAUCCCUCAGUGAGCAGAGCCUCCAUGUGGAGACGCUGAUUGAGACCCGCUUGGUGGACAUCGAGGGUCGUCUCAACGUUACAGACGCUGGAAUCCCUGGUGGUCUUGAUGGCUUCAAGAACACGCUGGAGGACAAGUUGAAAACUCUGGAGGAGAGGGUUUUUGUGGCUGUGGAGGAGCUGAGCAACGCCACUGCACCGGCACUCUUGGAGGGCCAGGUGGUCCCGGCCCUGGGGACAGAGAUUGAGUCUGUGAGGAGGAGAUUAGACGGAAAUCUAGAUGGCAUUGAGAAGCGGCUCAUAGACUUGGAGCUCCUGUGCACCUCCACCUGCUCACCUUCUACUCCUCCAGCAGGGGGCGUCAGAGGCAGUGUGGUGCAGGAGUUUGAGGAUAUGGAGGAAAAGAUAAAGAAUCGUCUGGACUCUCAUUCAAACCAGUUGGACCGUCUAAACAACACGCUGCAAAACUUGCUCUUCCGUAUCACCCAGGAGGCAGCCGGCGACUCAAUCCAUGGUGAGAUCACCCUGCUGAAAGUCAACAUCAACUCUGUCAACCGCACUCUCAAAGGCCUCAAGGACUCUAUUAGUUUUAUUGCAGGUGAGGUGGGGCAUGCUAAUUCCACCUGGGAACAGAGGGAACACCAGCUGGUCAAUCAGGUCCAAGGAAUCACCAAACUGGUAGGCCACCAAGCCUCUCUCCUGGGGGCCGGGGAGAGGCGCCUAGCCCAGUUGAAGGGAGAACUCGUGGCCUUGAAGAGACAGCUUAGCGGGGAGCUCCAUGGCUGCCGAAGCACAGCGAGAGAAGUUCAGAUCGAGGUGAAGGACGUGGAUAGUAGGGUGCGCCACAUAGAGGGCCAGUGCAGCAAUUUGGGGCAGCUGGCAGAGCACCUGGAGAGGAUCAGGGCCGAGCUGGAGAGACACUCUGACUCCUACCUGGCUGAGAUGAACGGCACCUUGGCCGCCCAUUCAGAGCAGCUUGCUGAGUUGAAAGGAGAAGUCAAAGACCGUGUGCCAAAGCAAACGGCCAACCGGAAAGGAGACCAGUAGCAGCUGAGCCACAGCAGCUUCCAAAAAAAGAGGCUUGUGUGUCUUUUUUAAAUGGCUCAAGUGAUGUCUUCUGCUUGCUUCCCCUCCUUUCAAUUUCCAUCUGCACAAACGCAAAUGAAUUGAAGCGAUGACAACCAUUUGCCAUGAGCCCCCCACCUCAGUGUGUUUGUAGUUCAGCCAGGUGGAGGAGGAAGGCACACACCUAUGGCCGUGUCGCUGGACCGUGGUUUACUUUUAGGGCAUUUCCCCCGACAUGUUUCAUCUUUUUAACUUAUUGUUAUGUGAUGUUUGCUUUUAAGAUGUCUGUUCAAGAAUGAAGGAGCUGGGACUAUGUUGCUGUGGGUUUCUGCUGACAACCACACUCAACUUUCUGUGUGGUCUUUUUCUUAAAUAUACUCUAUGUUAUAUCAAUAUGGUGCUACUUACAUGUUUCUAAACAUCUACCUGUUUACAAACGUGUUUCGUAUUUCUGCAGUGACUGUUGUAUUUGUUUCUGGCUGCAUUCUUCAAGUUAUGGAGAAAAAGAUAACACAUUAUUGGUUGAUGGAAAAGAAAUAAGAAAUCCCAAAGUAUCUAAGUAAGUAAAUUGUGCAAUUUAGGAAUAUUUUACUCAGCUUGUAAACCUCUUGUGAUGAAUGAGUAGCACACAGUGGACUAUAGUAUCUUUCUUCAAUUCAUUACAAAUGUAUUUCUCAUGAGGCCUAAAGUUAUACAACUGAAGCGAUAUCGGAUUAUUAUAGAUUCCAUUUUCUUUGAGGUUUCCAUAUCAGGUGGUGUGCUACUGUAUGUCUCAUUGUGUUUUCAUCAAGGGACAAUAUUAAUGCUAGACACUGUAGCAUAUGCAUUAUGUAUUAGUAAUAGAUGAAACAGGCUAGUCAUUUUGUUGCAUUUGUGUAUAUAACACAACAUACCUUGAUAAAGUGUACGAGUUAAAAUGAUUCUUCUAUGGGCUUUUCCCUGUCAGUGGUCACCACAGAUCAUCAACUGCUUGAACGGUUUUGGCUUUGUUUUUAUGCCGGAUUCCCUUCCUGAUGCAACCCUGGCAGGGAGUUGAACCCCUGAAAACCCCAUGAAAAGAAGAAGCUUGUAACAUUUCAUCCACCGGGGAUAAUAUGUUGUAUGCAGGUGUAUGCGUCCCUCAGUAUGUUAAAUAUUCCAAUAUCUCUCCCUCAAUAUAUUGCUUAGUUUAAAAUAAUAAUAAUUCAUAAAUUAUUGCUGUUUCGUGGUUGACUAUGGCAUAUUACUAGUCCAGGGGUCAGCAACCCACGGCAAUGCUCAAGUAUUUUUUAACACCCAAAUGGGGAAAAUGUGCAUCUUUGUAAUGACUUUUUAAAAAAUCUGACGUUCUGUGAGACCCUGAAUGAAUCCUGGCUGAGUUCUGACUAGUGAUUGGAUGAGCUCAAGGAAUGGAGGGGAAGCGGGUGUUUGGUUGCCUGCUUUGGUUGGGAUGUUACAGGUCUUCCCCCAACAUGGUAAACUAGCCAUGACUAAGCCACACAAAUACAGAACUUUGGCACUUUUUAUUACCUUUACAAAACAAAAGGGUCAGCCAACACACAGUAUGCACAGCGGCCUGUAGGCGUCUAGCCAAGAGGGCCUCUUGGCGGGAACUUUUAUACUCUAUAGCAGGGGUGGGCAAAUAUUUUGACUCGUGGGCCGCAUUGAGUUAACAAAAUUGUCUGGGGGGCCAGAACAUAUAUUUAACAUACACACACAGACACACACUAUUUUAUGAUUAUAAUUUUCCUUGAAUUAUUUGUCCAAUGUUAUGUGUAGAAGUGUGAUACUAUCAGCUGUAUGUUCUCAUGUCCUUUUUUUCAGGAGCACUUUAAACAUCAGACCACAUCAAACUACGUCAUUUAAUUUGACAGUUUUGUUGUUGUUUUUUUUUACUAAAUAAGACAUCCGACUUGUCAUGUUGCCAGUUUGUAUGUUAAAAGUUGAAAUAAAAAAGCAACUGGCAGGCCGGAUUCAAACGCUUGGUGGGCCGCAUGUGGCCCCCGGGCCGUAGUUUGCCCACCCCUGCUCUAUAAUAUGCAAAUGAAUUACAUUACAAGAGAAAGGAGACAUUCCUGUCACUCCCACGAUGCCGCCCUUGUGUGUGGAGGUUAGCCUACACACCCAUUCUUCUGGCAUGGUUUGUCACACCCAUGCUUGAUAACCUCCUGACUGAAAGGCCAACCGUCCUGGGAGGGGGCGCUUUUAUCAAACAGUGGCGUCUUUUGACACUAUUCGUAACCCCAGGCUACAGAUAGCCUCCUGCUGGGCCCACCAUCCUUGACGGGACAGAUAGCUCGGUUACAAAAGUUGAAGCUCUACAAGAGGCCAUAAAGUAAUUCAUAAUGUGUAACCUAUGUAUACCUGUGGAAUAUGAAUUUUUCCAUCACAAUAGUAAACGUUGCUGUUCCCUGUGCUGGUGGAAACACUGAAAUACAAGUUAUAUGUAGUAUUCUGGUCACUGGUCAUCAUGUUCCUACGAAGCGACAUGACAUGUUUUCAAAAAGUGGAAAAAAGUUCUCUCAUUUUGUGUGGAAGUGAUACGUUUUUGACUCCUGUGUCAUUCUUCCCCGCUGCAUUUGAAAGACUAAGUUUAGAAUAAGUACCGACAAAUUAGAGAGACCAACCAGUUAGCCCAGUAGCUUUCUAUGCUAGCAUGUGUACCUAGUCUGCAUGUCCAUGCAGCGAUCCCGUAGCCUGCGCAAUGUGAUGUAAACUAAUGCUUCAUUUUAUUUCGACAUACGUACAUUUACCUUGGUAUACAUCACGUAUUACAAUUAGCAAUUCCACAUGUCCAAAAGGAUUAGGAAGAAGCAGAGUUUAUCAUUUGCAAUAGAUUUAUUCUCUUCCUAUUCAGCAUGCACCCCUUGCCGGUUAAACUGGAAAGGGGUGUAGUUUAACCGGAAAUGUGUGGGGCUUACAUUUGCAUAUUAUUUGAAGUCUGAAAUAGACAUGGAUCGAUCAGAAGUUGCUAUAUUUAUGAUUAUCCCGCUACAUGUGUGCUGUGUAUGUACGUGAUCAAUACGACUUUUUUUAAUGAUCUGUGUGACAUUGAUUUGUGCAAACAUGCAAUGAUGGGAAAUAAUCUGUCAGCUUUGUUCACUGUAUUUUUCU